AUGAAACUCAUCCUCUUCGGCGCCACCGGCUUCAUCGGUGGCGAGAUCCUCACCCAUGCUCUUGCCAAUCCCUCCAUAACCUCCCUCAUCGUCAUAUCACGCCGUCAACUCCCUUCGUCGCCUCCAGACGCCAAACUGAAAGUCCUCAUCUCCGAGGACAUCAUUGCCCUUUCUCCUUCCAUCCUCUCCGAAUGUGCCGACGCGGACGCAUGUAUCUGGGCAGUUGGCACCAAGCCCUUCGGAGCCACGCUAGAAGAUGCAAGGAGAUUUGACGUGGAGGGGACUAUGAGCGUGGCGAAGAAGCUUGCGGACGUAGCCAAUGAGGGUGGGAACAGAGAAGGCAAAUUCAGAUUUGUGUAUACGAGUGGGAUUCUCGUUAUCAAGGACCAGGAAAGCAGUGUCUGGGUUCUGGGAAAGUUUCGGAAAUUGAGGGGCGAAGUGGAGAUUGGACUGUCUGCCUUAGGCAAAGAACGUGGGGAUGUUCUCGAAACCUACGUCACGAGGCCUGCUUUCGUCUUGAGGAGGACUCUCCUCAGCUCGUUCUGGAGCAUCUUUCCGAGUAUCAAGGUCGAUGAGCUGGCUGCUGCGACGGUGCAUUUGGCUCUUGAGGGCAGUCCUGAUCAAACGGUGGAGAACGCGACUUUAGCAAAGAGGGGAGCCGAGCUCUUGAAGCAGAAGGUCUGA